UGUUUUUCUGAGUCGCUCAGCAUGCACCCGGCAGUGCUGUUCGCAACCGGCUACAGCCUGGUCGUGGGCUGCCUGGUCUUCCCACCGCCAGCCCUGGUCUCUGAGCAGCUGACUCUCGAUGCUCUACUGGCCUCGUUCGGACCUCGCGAGGACCGCUCGUAUAUUCAUCAUCACAUGCACAUGACGACAUUGACAUUGGCUGCACACGCAUUGCUGCUUCUGGGAUUUGUGGCUGGCACAGCCGGACUACUCCACGACGAUCCGAGCUGGAACGCAACGCCGGAACUGCUGCAAUAUGCCGCAAUGCUCCUCGCAGUGGCUGCAGUUGUACUCGCAUUCACAAUGUUGGCACAUGCAUUUCGAUGGUCGCUGCUGGACGGCGAGUACCAUCCCAGCGCUCGCAACCUUAGCGCCUACUCUCCGACAUGGAGACACCUCGCAAGACAGAUUGACAUGGAGUGCCGGCGAAUGGAUUGUGUGGUCGUCAACUCCCACGAAGCCCAGCUUGUCAUUACCAGCGACUGGAUUCUUCAGCGAACGUGGUACAACUUGCACAUUGCCAACCACAACGAUGUCGACAUGUCCAUUCUCGGCAGCGAAACAAUCCCGAUUGCUGCCAGACCAGCCGCAGAGGCAAUGCACGCCAAUCCACAACUUGCCGCGCUGGCAUACACAACCGGCGGCGUGGCUAGUGACCACACUGUGCAAAUGAUUCGGAUUCACGUCACGGCCGCGACCCCUGGCGUGCAGCCGUUCGACAUUCGGCUCAAUUCGACCGACUUUUCAGCGAUUCAGGACAAGCUCACCACCAUCAUUCGCAACGCACAAUCGAUUGUGAUUGCCCAGACGUUGAGCGACCGCUUUGUCACUGCAUUCCUCGAGACAGUGAGCCAAAAUCCCGUCUAUCCGCACCCAGCUUCUUCCAGCCAUGUCGCCACGGACGACAUGUGUGUCGGUUGCAUGGCGCAUCCGCCGCGCGCCAAAAUUGUCCAGCGGUGUCAAACGCCUACCGCAUGCACGCCCUGUUACUGUCGUCCAAUGUGGUGCCUCGAGUGUCUGGGCAAGUGGUUUGCCUCCAAGCAAAACCCAGCAGCAACCUCCAACUGGCUGAACGGCACCGCGCAAUGUCCAACCUGUCGUGCAACGUUUUGUUUGCUUGAUGUUCGGCGCGUUGUUUAAUCUUGUAGUAGUUUCGUUCUGG